CUUUGCAAUGUGCGCGCGCAGCUUCGGUCUUGCUUCCGUGCAGAUAGUUAGUACGCGUUUGCUGGUGCCUCUUCUGAUCCAUUCGGUUCCCCUUCCUAAAAAGCCAUCAGCAACCUCCUCUGCGUUUCGAAUCUAGUUAAAAAAUAAAGAAGACCAACCCGAAAAGGGAGGACUCUAGUAGCGACUCGGGCCAAGCAAUCUACUUUUUUUUCAAAUUCUUCGGGGGGUCGUGCAAAUUUCGACGAAUUUGCAUGACCUCCACUAGAUUCCGGAAAAGAAGCCUGGAGGUGGUGACUUAACGCGCACUGCGUGGCGCAGUAUUCUGCGUCAUUUCGUGCAAGUUUCCCAAACGUGUCACAACCUAUCAGCGGCAGCGAGUCUCGCGAAGACCAGGUCGCCGAAGCAGGCAGUCGCCUCGCGUGCUGGCGCAGACAAGCUGCUUCCACAGAGGGAAUUUACUUGAAACCUCAAAUCUGAGUUCGUGUGUUUACGACGGACCGGAUUGGCUACGACUCUCACGUAUCCUGGGAGUGUCCGCGUGUUUAUGAAGGAACGCUCGAGAAGACUAUAGGCGUCGCCGCCAAAUCCACGCUAGCGGGAAUCGGCGUCAGCUAUUAGCCGUCCAGGAUGAGGCUAGCUCUAGUGGUGAAGGGCAUCGACCUCGGCGCGCCGCCGCAGGCGUUCGACAGCCUAGCAACGUCAGACGAUAGCACGAAUUCGGUUGCACCACCAAAAGAAGCCACGGAGCGCUUCGCCGUGUCCAUGUCACGCUGCAACAGAUAGCCACAGAAGCAGGGCUGUUCAAAAUCGGUCAGCCGACAGACGACGGCAGCACGCCGAACAUGCUCGAUGACUUAGGCAAGCACGCGCCCAGGCUCAGCGGCUUGCUGCACAAGACCGGCCAGGCGACGGA